AUGUCGGAUUUGGACGCCCAGACGUUGGCGGACUCGAUUGUAUAUACACGGAUCGUAUCAUACGUUAACGCUGGCAGCUUCGCCGUCCUCUUCUUCGAUUCCCUCCUAACAUUAAACCGAGAACUCGUCACGAUUUGGCAAUCAAAGUGGAACUAUACCAAGUUCAUGUAUCUCCUAACAAGAUAUUCGACGUUUGUCGAAGCGGGGGUAGUUAUCUAUCAGCUAUCCAUACCCGGAGAUUGGUACAGAGACUGUGCGUUAGCGUUCAAGACGAACGCGAUGCUUUUCGUGUUUGGGCUGGGUACAGGAGAGAUUAUCAUGACGAUCCGAACAUGGGCAGUAUGGGGGAAGAACCCGGUGCUCAGAUGGUUCUUGCCCAUUUUUUACCUGCUUGUCUGGGCUGGGGGUUUCGGAGUGACAGGAUACUUUCUCUCCACACUCGAAUUCGAGCCUAAUCCCCGAACGCCCUACAUCGGGUGCUACGCGACGUACGCAAGCCCGAUCAUCUUCAUCUCGUGGGUGCUGCUGUUGGUAUACGAUACAGUCAUGUUCGUAUUGAUGGUCAUCCCUGCCUGGAGAGCCUAUCGAAUGGGCGGUAGCUCGCGUUUAAUUCGGGUCGUCUAUCGCGACGGUCUGAUGUAUUAUCUUUAUCUUUUUGGUUUCUCACUAGUAAACAUUAUUGUAAUCUUAACUGCACCGGGCGACCUUUUCCUUGUUAUUUCCCUACUAUCACGAGUCUUCCACGCCAUCCUUGCCUGUCGUGUGGUGUUGCACAUUGCCGAAAACGCCCGGCCCGUCCUCGACUCGCAACAAUCGAAUUCACGGAGCGACACUACUGCUUCCCAUCGGUUUAUACGCACGCCUACGACCGCACAAGGGGUUUCAUUUGCGUAA